AGCACAGCACCACUGCUGCUCGCUGUGCAUCACCCUCCGCAGACGCCAGCCCCAGCACCGCUCCCUGCACGAUGAAGACCGACCUGGAGCUGGCCUUGGAGUGUGCCAUCAACAUCUACCACCAGUACGCCAUCAGGAAGCCGAUCGACGACUACCUGAGCAAGGCUGAGUUCUCCCAGCUGCUGAAGGACACAGCCCAGCCCUUCCUGCACGACACCACCCCGCCCAACAUGACCGAGGAUGCCUACAUCCAGAAGCUCUUCAGCCAGGCUGACAGCAACCACGACGGACGCCUGAAGUUCACUGAGUUCCUGACCACCCUCAACCUUGCCCUUGUCGAUGCCCACAACAGGUCCCACCAGGACCCAGGCCACGGCCACGACCAUGGCCACAGCCACGGCCACGGCCACAGUCACGGUCCCCGUGCCUGA